GAGAGAAGGAGACCUGCGUUGCCGCGCUGCUCGUUGGCCUGGUUCCGCCGAGCCCUGCCCUGCCCCAUGCACCGGCCGAGUGACGGGGUGCUCGGAAGCGUUAACGAGGGGUGGGGGCGGGGUGCUAACGAGGGGCGCCGCUGCUCCCUCGCCCCACGGCGUCGCCGGCGGGUGCAGCAGGCUGCUGGGUGCUGGGUGCAAGGAGCAGCGCGGUGCUGCUGGGUGCUGGGUGCAAGGAGCAGCGUGGUGCAGCUGGGUGCUGGGUGCAAGGAGCAGUGCGGUGCAGCUGGGUGCUGGGUGCAAGGAGCAGCACGGUGCAGCUGGGUGCUGGGUGCAAGGAGCAGUGCAGUGCAGCUGGGUGCUGGGUGCAAGGAGCAGUGCGGUGCAGCUGGGUGCUGGGUGCUGGGAGCAGCACGGUGCAGCUGGGUGCUGGGUGCUGGGAGCAGCACGGUGCUGCUGUGCCGAUGGCCGCGGGGCGGCUUCGUUCUGCAAGGAUGCGAUGGACGGAGCCGGGCUUCACGUGGCUCCUGAUGGGUGCAGGACACGUGUCCCGGCCCGGCCCCGCGCGUUGCAGGCAGUUGGCGUCGGUCGCGGCGCUCUGCGGGGAUGGUGGGCCGGGUCCCGUCCCGUGGGAACUCACCUCCCCGCCGGAAGCCUCGCGCCCCUGCCCGCACGGCACCUCCCAGUGCUCCCAGUGCUCCCAGUGCCUCCCAGUGCCUUCCAGUCUUCCCAGUGCCUCCCGUUGCUCCCAGUGCCUCCCAGUGUCUGCCAGCGUUCUCCCAGUGCUUCCAAGACCCCCAAGUCCUCCAAGACCCCCAAGUCCUCCAAGAUCCCCAAGUUCUCCAAGACCCCCGACACCUCCAAGAUUUCCACGUCCAUCAUGAUGCCUGAGUCCUCCAAGACCAAGUCCUCCAGCAUCCCCAAGACCUCCAAGAUCCCCGAGUCCUCCAAGUCCUCCAAGACAAAGUCCGCCAACAUCUCCAAGUCCUCCAAGGCUCCCAAGUCCUCUAAAACCCCCAAGUCCUCCAACAUCUCCAAGUCCUCCAAGACUCCAAAGUCCUCUAAGACCCCCAAGUUCUGCAACAUCUCCAAGUUCUCCGAGACCCCAAGACUUCCAGCAUCUCCGAGUCCUCCAAGACCCCCAAGAUUCCCAAAUCCCCAAGUCGUCCAAGACCCCCAAGACCUCCAAGACCAAGGCCUCCAACAUCUCCAUGUCCUCCAAGACCCCCAAGUCCUCUAAGACCCCCAAGUCCUUCAGCAUCUCCAGGUCCUCCAAGAUCCCCAAGUUCUCCAA